AUGAAACUUUUCUGUUCUAAAAUUCAUCAACGUAUUGAGAAUGAGAAAAAAAAUAAACUAUCGAAUUUAUUAUUUAAACAAAAUAUUUCAUUUAUAUCACCGAAUUUAAACAAAUAUACUAAACAAAAAUCCAUAGAAAUUUCUUAUCAUUACUCAAACUGGCGUUCUUCACCUGAUUUACCUCGUCGACUUACUCCAUGUGAGCAUCAAUUAUAUACAGAAAUACUUAUUAUUAUUGGCCAUUUCUUUCGUCGACAUAACAUCUCGUAUAUGAUGAUGGAUGGAACAUUAUUAGGUAGCUAUACACAUCAUGAUUUUUUGCCAUGGGAUGAUGAUGUUGAUUUACGUGUAUUAAUGCGUGAUCGUUCACGUAUGUACACUCUUCUUCAUCAAGAACUUGGACAUACUAUUAAAAUAUUAAAUAUUUCUAAUCAAUUUGGAUGUUAUGAUAUAUUAUAUUUUCCUUGGUCGCCAAAAGCUGGUGUAUACAAUUGGUCAUAUCCUAAUGUUCAUAUUACUUAUUUAGAUGAAAAUUCUACACAUAUUUGGAAAGAAAAUAAUGAUGACCAUUCAAUUCAUGAUUGCUCUAUAUCUAAACUUGAUAUAUUUCCACUUGUUUGGCGUCCAUUCGGUCAAAUUUGGUUACCUGCUCCUCGAGAACCUUUAGUCAUUUUUGAAUUACUUCGAUGGAAAUCAUUUGAUAAAUUUUAUUAUGCCAAGAAUUAUUCACAUAAAUAUGAACGAUCAAUACCAUUUAUAGAUGGUCGUGCAAGACCAAAUCAACUUUAUCCAUAUUAUCCUUGGGUGAAACGAUAUUGUUUAGAAACAUAUUGUAUUGAACAACUGGUAGCAAUUUACAAUAAUACAAACAUUACAAUACAUAGCGUGCUAUUUGAAAAAUAUCGAAUAAAACCAUUGUUUGAUUCCAAAUUACAGAAUAGAACAUGUUCAUUAUGA